AUGUUGUUAUGGCUGGUCAUCAGGCCACGUGACCGCCUGCCCUGCGCUGUGUCCGGGCAGCGACUGCAGAAGUACGAGUGGAUCAUGUGUGGAAGAACCGCCUGCACCCUGGCCCCCGAUGAGAUAAGCCGAGCCUGCACCUACAGGGACCGGGGAGGACAGAGGAGACGGCCCCGCUGGAGGGACGGAGAUGCAGACCAGUACAGACCGUCCUACAACAAGAGCCCCCAGUCCAACAGCCCCGUGCUCCUGUCCCAGAGGCAUUUUGAUAAGAGCGCUCCAGUGGAUGAGUGUGUCCUGACCUCGAUGCGAUGGGGCCUCGUGCCGUCGUGGUUCAAAGAAAGUGACCCCAAAAAAAUGCAGUACAGCACCAACAACUGCCGCAGCGAGAACAUCCUGGAGAAGAAGACGUAUAAGGACCCUCUCUUAAAGGGACAGCGCUGUGUGAUUCUCGCUGAUGGUUUUUAUGAGUGGAGGCGGCAGGCGAAAGAGAAGCAGCCAUUUUUCAUCUAUUUCCCUCAGAGUCAAGACGCUGGAGUUAAAACAGAAACUGAGGAUCAAAGUCAGGAAGGUUCCGAGGAAGUGAUCUCAAACCAGGACGCAGAGUGGACGGGUUGGAGGUUACUGACGAUGGCGGGUCUCUUCGACUGCUGGACGCCUCCGGGAGGUGAACCCCUUUAUACCUACACUGUGAUAACAGUGAACGCUUCUCCCAAUCUACAAGACAUCCAUGACCGAAUGCCUGCUAUCCUCGAUGGGGAGGAAGAAGUGAGAAAAUGGCUUGAUUUUGGAGAAAUAAAAUCCCCUGACGCUCUUAAAUUGCUUCAGUCUAAAAACAUUUUGACUUGUCACCCGGUGUCCUCCAUCGUCAAUAACUCCCGCAACAACACAGCAGAGUGUCUCCAGCCCGUGUCUCUCCAGAGCAAGAAGGAGCCAGAGCCGACCGCCAGCAGCAAGAUGAUGAUGGGUUGGCUGAAGAGUGGAGCCCAACAGAAGAGGAAAGCUGAGAGUCAAGAGCAGGAGAAACCAAAAACAGAAACCAAAAGUGCAGGGCUCCUACAGCAGUGGCUUCAUGGGACCAGCAAGAAACCAAAUGUGCAAUAA